AUAUUUUCCUGCUUUUAAGAGACAACAGAGAGAGAUAAAUAUGGAUGGUUUUAAUCAAAUAGGGCUUCCUAUACUGGGAAUUGUGGCAGCUGCUGCUGUUACCUUCUAUGCCGUAAGCUUUGCUGAGAUCAGAGAAAAAUCUUUCAGAGACUUGGACGACUCAGAGGCCGAGAAUGAAGGAUACAAGCCGUCUCCAAGCUCCAGGGAAAGACGGGCAAGAAGAAAAGCUCAAAAAGAGUCCAAAACCUGAAAACCUUUACGUAAACCCCAUUUUGAUUGCGGGCAAAGAUCGAGAGAUGUAUAUGGGUUAACUCACAAUUUGCUAUUCAUCGUCAAGAGAUACCGGACACAGAGACGUAUACUUGGCUGGUCCAAAAUUAUAUAAGAAACUGUUGAAACUCUAUGUCGAAUAUUGUUUGUUUAAAUCAAUAAAGUGUUCCAAAUACCUUUGAAUCUCUUAA